CCCAGCCGCGUGCACGCGCGGCCGCAUCAGCUGAGCGCGCGGCGCGUGUCACGUGGUGUGCGUGUCGAAGGUCACGGCGCGCUCACAAUGGAGCUCUCGGAGUAUGUGCAGAAAGGCUUCCAGAUGCUGGCCGAUCCCGGCUCCUUCGACUCCAACGCCUUCACGCUUCUCCUCCGGGCGGCUUUCCAGAGCCUGCUGGACGCCCAGGCGGACGAGGCCGUGUUAGAUCACCCAGACUUGAAACAUAUCGAUCCAGUGGUUUUAAAACAUUGUCAUGCAGCAGCUGCAACUUACAUACUGGAGGCUGGAAAGCAAAGAGCUGACAAAUCAACUCUAAGCACUUAUCUAGAAGACUGUAAAUUUGAUAGCGAGAGAAUAGAAUUGUUUUGCACGGAAUAUCAGAAUAAUAGGAAUUCCCUAGAAAUCCUACUGGGAAGAACACUGAUUCCCGAUCCCACCCAGAGAUUAGUUUUAGUUGCAACAUGGAACAAUUACAGGAUCUUUUAUCAAGCAGAAAUGCAUCGAACAACCAGAAUCAAGAUCACUGAGCUAAAUCCCCACCUAAUGUGUGUGCUUUGUGGAGGGUACUUCAUUGAUGCCACAACCAUAAUAGAAUGUCUACAUUCCUUCUGUAAAACGUGUAUUGUGCGUUACCUGGAGACCAGCAAGUAUUGUCCUAUCUGUGAUGUCCAAGUUCACAAGACCAGACCACUACUGAAUAUAAGGUCAGAUAAAACUCUUCAAGAUAUUGUAUACAAAUUAGUUCCAGGGCUUUUCAAAAAUGAAAUGAAGAGAAGAAGGGAUUUUUAUGCAGCUCAUCCUUCAGCUGAUGCUGCCAAUGGCUCUAAUGAAGAUAGAGGAGAAGUUGCAGAUGAAGAUAAGAGAAUUAUAACUGAUGAUGAAAUAAUAAGUUUAUCCAUUGAAUUCUUUGACCAGAACAGAUUGGAUCGGAAAGUAAAUAAAGACAAGGAGAAAUCUAAGGAGGAGGUGAAUGAUAAAAGAUAUUUACGAUGCCCAGCAGCAAUGACUGUGAUGCACCUAAGAAAGUUUCUCAGAAGUAAAAUGGACAUACCUAAUACUUUCCAGAUUGAUGUCAUGUAUGAAGAGGAACCUUUAAAGGAUUACUAUACACUAAUGGAUAUUGCCUACAUUUAUACCUGGAGAAGGAAUGGUCCGCUUCCUUUGAAAUACAGAGUUCGACCUACUUGUAAAAGAAUGAAGAUCAGUCAUCAGAGAGAUGGACUGACAAACGCUGGAGAACUGGAAAGUGACUCUGGGAGUGACAAGGCCAACAGCCCAGCAGGAGGUAUUCCCUCCACCUCUUCUUGUUUGCCCAGCCCCGGCACUCCAGUCCAGUCUCCUCAUCCUCAGUUUCCUCACAUUUCCAGCACCAUGAAUGGAACCAGCAGCAGCCCCAGCGGUAACCACCAAUCUUCCUUUGCCAAUAGACCUCGAAAAUCAUCAGUAAAUGGGUCGUCAGCAACUUCAUCUGGUUGAUACCUGAGACUGUUGAGGAAAAAAAUUUUAACCCCCUGAUUUAUAUAGAUAUCUUCAUGCCAUUACAGCUUUAUAGAUGCUAAUACCUGUGACUAUCGUCCAAUUUGCUUUCUUUUGUAGUGACGUUAAAUUUGGCUAUAAAAGAUGGACUAGAUGUGAUAUUCAUAUGGACGUUAAUUGAAAAGAAAGAUUAUUUCUCGAAAGAAUUGGUUUCUGAGAAAGCAGGCAAGAUGUUUUACUGUGUGUUAGGACAGAUGUGAAAUGGUUUCUGUAACCAUUGUUUGGAUUUGAAAAUCUUCUGCAGUGGAUAUAAACAUUGGGCCAUAGUUUGUUAAUCUCAACUAAACGCCUACAUUACAUCCUCCCUGAUUGUUCUUGUUACUAUGCUGUUUUGUGAACCUGUAGAAAACAAGUGCUUUUUAUCUUGAAAUUCAACAAAUGGAAAGAAUAUGCAUAGAAUAAUGCAUUCUAUGUAGCCAUGUCACUGUGAAUAACAAUUUCUUGCAUAUUUAGCCAUUUUGAUUCCUGUUUGAUUUUUACUUCUCUGUUGCUGCGCGAAACCGAUCAAAGAAAAGUAAACUUCAGUUUUACAAUCUGUAAGCCUAAAAGCGGGUACUACCGUUUAUUUUACUGACUUGUUUAAAUGAUUCGCUUUUGUAUGAAUCAGAUGGCAUUAUGCUUAUUGUACAAUGCCAUAUUGGUAUACGACAUAACAGGAAACAGUAUUGUAUGAUAUAUUUAUAAAUACUAUAAAGAAAAUAUUGUGUUUCAUGCAUUCAGAGAUGGUUGUUAAAAUUCUCCCAACUGGUUCGACCUUUGCAGAUACCUAUGUCUGAGCCUUAUCACCAUAGAAUAUUUUUAAUGUGAAUAUCUAAUUCUAAAUUUUGUUCCAUUGGAAGCGAUUGGCAUAUCGUAAUACUGACUUUUCUCUAGUAAUACCUGUUUACUUUUAAACUUAAUAGUUGCAUUAAAGAAAAACUUUUCACUAAGAAUAUUGGAAAUGCUUUCUUCAUUUCCCAUUGCUUAUGAUGGAAUUAAUGUGUUUUUAAAAUGCAUAUUGAUCGCUGUAAUUCUAAAACAUAUUUUAAAUAAACCAGCAAAUUGCUGGAAGAAGGCAUUUUAUCUAAAAUUAUUUUAAUAUGUGGCAUAGUGGAAAUUUCAAAUAUAAGAAUUGCUUUUACAGUUACAAACAGUGGAAUAUGCCCUCUGUAACGUCUGGAAGUAGAAGCAAAUUAUUGUGAGCUUCUACAGGUAUUAGUUUUUAAAGAGAGUGAGCAUGUUGAAUUUAAAGUAUGAAUAUCCCCAACAAUUUUCAGUUUGUGUUUUGCUUUGGUCGAACUUGUUCAUCACCCAUCAGUUAUUUGUGAGGGUGUUUAUUCUCUAUGAAUAUUGUUUCAUGUUUGUAUGGGGAAAUUGUAGUUAAACAUUUCAUUGUCCCCCGUCUGCAAAAGAAGCACAAUUCUAUUGCUCUGUCUUGCUUAUAGUCAUUAAAUCAUUACUUUUACGUAUAUUGCUGUUACUUCUGCUUCUUUAAAGAUACAGUAAAUGAAGUUUUAUGAAACCACAAAAUACAUAUAUUUUUAUUUUGACCUAAAUUUGUACAGUCCCAUUGUAAGUGUUGUUUCUAAUGAUAGAUGUAAAAUUAAAUUUCAUUUGUAAUUGGAAAAAAUCCAAUAAAAAGGAUAUUCAUUUAGAAAAUAGCUAAGACUUUAAUAAAAAUUUGAUAUGAAAAGCACAAUGUGCAGAAGUUUUGGAAACCCUAUUGUGGAUUACAACAGGUAAAAGCCGAAGAACAUCCAUUGCUGUCUUAGUGAUGUUGCUGAGAGUACAUGCUUUGUUGUAUAAUUGCUUGAAAGCCCAAUUGAAAGAUGUAUCUGUUUAUUUACUCUACAAUCUUUGAAGUAAAAGUUACCCAUGUUUGCCAA